AUGACUACGGCCAUGGCGACUACCGCAACGCAGACUCUUGAUCUGCUAGAGGCAAGACUCCAGCGGUUGAGCUUCCUCCUGAGCGGCGAUGGCAAUGGCGACGACGAGCAUCCAUCGACCUCGACCUCGACCUCGACCUCGACCACCCCAGCGAAAGUCCGUCUGGCAGGCAUAGAGCGCAACCUCAAAUCGCUCGCCGCCAGGUCUCCAGCUGUAGCAGAUGUCUUACAGCUCCAUCGAGCACAUCCGGAUCUCUUCAAUGCCUCCUCCACCAGUACUCCACCAAGCACGUUACCCACCGCAUCUCUGGCGCAGCUCGUCCUUGCACACGAGCAGCUCUACAAGACGACCAACUCGCAGCUGACGACGGCCAACGACAGCAAGAACAUCCCAGAUCCAUCAUCUCUCACCAAGCUGAUCGGCCUGACAAGUCGGAUCGACGCAGCCGAAGCAAAGCAGGUGGAACAGGCACGAGAGUUUGCAGAGCUGCGAGGCAGGAGCGCUAAGAUUGUGGAAAAGUGGUACGAGGAAGGCGUGCUGGAUAUGGGCGAGAGAUGGGCCGAUUGGGAGGAGAGACUGCGCGACGCCGAGAUUCUGGUCAGAAGGAGAGAGGCUGCGAAGAGACGGGAAGAGGCGGGCGUGUGA